AUGACCAAGCCGGAGGCCAUGGACGAGGAUGAUGAGGAGCCGGCAGGAGAGCAAAACGUGAAGAAAGAGUCUGAAGAGGGCAGCAUGUUCGUGUCACCAAUCAAUAACGACCAGGAUAAUUCGCCAGAGAAGGGCAAAGGCUCGCCGUCAGACCCAAAGCCGUCGUCCGACAAGGAGCAAUACCCAAAGCCGUCAUCCGACAAGGAGCAGGACCCAAAGCCAUCGUCCGACAAGGAGCAGGACCCAACGCCGUCCAGUAAUAACGACCACGACAAGCCUCCACCGCCGAGGGUCGGCUUCCAAAAUGGCUUAGCAAAGCCCUCAACAGAGGCAGAAGACGAACUGGACUUGGUACGAGCGAAUCCCGUGCGCUCGCUCUUCCACGGCGGCGCGUCUGAAAACGUAGGCUGGAGCAGGCUCGCAUUGAAGCGACAUAACGACGUGAUCGAGACAGAAAGUCUCGAAGAUCUUUCGUACGGGAUCAAAAAGCAGCGCAACGGUGGAAAGCUUUACCAGUGCGGUGACAUUGUGUCAGUCCGAGGUUUUGCCUGGCAGCCUCUCAAGAAUAUCGACCACUACUCGUCACUUGCGCCCCGCAACUGGAAACAGGGCAACAGGACGGUACGGCCUCCGAUGCGCAUCAUGGUGAAAUGGACAGGUAAGGCUGAGACAGAGGAUGAGGGACGGGAAGUGACGAGAUGGGAAAAGCGUGACGCUGUGUGGAGGUGUUGGGAAGAUGAGCGAGGCCAUGGAGGUGCCACAGUGCAGUGCGAGGAGGAUUGA